AUGCGUCCAGUGCGAAUUUUUGUGAAUGAUGAUCGCCAUGUGAUGGCAAAGCACUCUUCCGUUUACCCAACACAAGAGGAGCUGGAGGCAGUCCAAAACAUGGUGUCCCACACAGAGCGGGCUCUCAAAGCUGUGUCGGACUGGAUCGAUGAGCAGGAGAAAGGCAGCAGCGACCAUGCCGAGUCUGAGAAUGUGGAUGUGCCCGCGGAAGACGAGGGAAAAGAAGGGGCUGGGGAGCAGAAGACAGAGCACAUGACCAGAACCCUGAGGGGAGUGAUGCGUGUUGGCCUCGUGGCAAAGGGCCUUCUGCUCAAGGGGGACUUGGACUUGGAGCUGGUGCUGCUGUGUAAGGAGAAGCCCACAACCGCCCUCCUGGACAAGGUGGCUGACAACCUGGCCAUCCAGCUCACUGCGGUCACAGAUGACAAGUAUGAAAUACUGCAAUCUGUUGAUGACGCUGCGAUUGUGAUAAAAAACACAAAAGAGCCUCCAUUGUCCCUGACCAUCCACCUGACCUCCCCUGUUGUCAGAGAAGAAAUGGAGAAAGUAUUAGCUGGAGAAACGCUAUCAGUCAACGACCCCCCGGACGUUCUGGACAGGCAGAAAUGCCUUGCUGCCUUGGCGUCCCUCCGACACGCCAAGUGGUUCCAGGCCAGAGCCAACGGGCUGAAGUCGUGUGUCAUUGUCAUCCGGGUCCUGAGGGACCUGUGCACCCGAGUGCCCACCUGGGGUCCCCUCAGAGGAUGGCCCCUCGAGCUUCUCUGUGAGAAGUCCAUCGGCACAGCCAACAGACCCAUGGGUGCCGGCGAGGCCCUGCGGAGGGUGCUGGAGUGCCUGGCUUCAGGCAUCGUCAUGCCAGAUGGUUCUGGCAUUUAUGACCCUUGUGAAAAAGAAGCCACUGAUGCUAUUGGGCAUCUAGACAGACAGCAACGGGAAGAUAUCACACAGAGUGCGCAGCAUGCGCUGCGACUAGCUGCGUUCGGCCAGCUCCAUAAAGUACUUGGUAUGGACCCUCUGCCAUCUAAGAUGCCCAAGAAACCAAAGAAUGAAAACCCAGUGGACUAUACGGUUCAAAUACCCCCCAGCACCACCUACGCCAUUACGCCCAUGAAACGCCCGAUGGAGGAAGAUGGAGAGGAAAAGUCUCCUAGCAAAAAGAAGAAGAAGAUUCAGAAAAAAGAGGAGAAGGCAGAGCCUCCACAAGCGAUGAACGCCCUGAUGAGACUGAACCAGCUCAAACCGGGGCUGCAGUACAAACUGAUUUCCCAGACCGGUCCAGUGCACGCCCCCAUUUUCACCAUGUCAGUGGAGGUGGACGGCAGCUCCUUCGAGGCCUCUGGGCCCUCCAAAAAGACUGCCAAGCUGCACGUGGCUGUGAAGGUGUUACAAGACAUGGGCUUGCCCACGGGUGCUGAAGGCAGAGACUCCAGCAAAGGGGAGGACUCAGCUGAGGAGGCAGAGGCGAAGCCCGCCGUGGUGGCCCCUCCACCUGUGGUGGAGGCCGUCUCGACCCCCAGUGCCACCUUCCCCUCGGACCCCACCACCGAGAACGUAAAACAGCAGGGGCCGAUCCUGACCAAACAUGGCAAGAACCCUGUCAUGGAGCUCAACGAGAAGAGGCGCGGCCUCAAGUACGAGCUCAUCUCAGAGACGGGCGGCAGCCACGACAAACGCUUCGUCAUGGAGGUCGAGGUGGAUGGCCAGAAAUUUCAGGGUGCUGGCUCAAACAAAAAGGUGGCCAAAGCAUAUGCUGCCCUGGCUGCACUAGAAAAGCUGUUCCCUGACGCCCCUCUCUCCCUGGAGGCCAACAAGAAGAAGAGAGCCCCUGUACCUGUGAGAGGUGGCCCAAAAUUUGCUGCUAAGCCACAUAACCCUGGGUUUGGCAUGGGGGGCCCCAUGCACAAUGAAGUGCCCCCACCCCCCAACCUCCGAGGACGGGGAAGAGGAGGGAACAUCCGUGGUCGAGGGAGAGGGAGAGGAUUCGGUGGUGCCAACCAUGGAGGCUACAUGAAUGCUGGUGCCGGGUAUGGCAGCUACGGGUAUGGAGGCAACUCAGCGACUGCUGGCUACAGUCAGUUCUACAGCAACGGAGGGCACUCGGGGAAUGCCGGUGGUGGCGGCGGCGGGGGCGGUGGUGGCUCUUCUGGCUACGGCUCCUACUACCAAGGUGACAACUACAACUCCCCAGUGCCCCCAAAACAUGCCGGGAAGAAGCAGCCGCACGGCGGCCAACAGAAGCCCUCAUAUGGCUCCGGCUACCAGCCCCACCAAGGCCAGCAGCAGUCCUACAGCCAGAGCCAGUACAGCAACUACGGGCCCCCGCAGGGCAAGCAGAAAGGCUACAAUCAUGGACAAGGCAACUAUUCCUCAUACUCCAACUCCUACGGCUCCCCUGGAGGCGGAGGUGGAUCCGACUACAGCUACGAGAGCAAAUUCAAUUACAGUGGUAGUGGAGGCAGAAGCGGCGGGAACAGCUACGGCUCAGGCGGAUCGUCCUACAAUCCAGGGUCACACGGGGGCUACGGAGGUUCUGGGGGUGGCUCCUCAUACCAAGGCAAACAAGGAGGCUACUCAUCACAGUCGAACUACAACUCCCCAGGGUCCGGCCAGAAUUACAGCGGUCCUCCCAGCUCCUACCAGUCAUCACAAGGGGGCUAUGGCAGAAACGCAGACCACAGCAUGAACUAUCAAUACAGAUAA